GCCUAGCACACACACACACACAUGACAGCACGGCAGAACAACGGCCUACCCUACCUACCAUCACCACUGAUCACUCACACUAGAUAGGAAGAUGUGGCUUUCAAACGAGGACUCAUAAGCCAUCAGGGUAUCAAAUGUUCCGUGGACGUGUGCGCUUUGAAUAUUCCCAUUGGUUUCGUUGUUGUUGGCUCGCAUAAUAAUAAUAAUAAUAAUAAUAAUAAUAAUAAUAAUAAUAUGAUGUGUAGUGAACUCCAAAUGUCGGUGAUGGGUCUUGUGUGGCAUCGCUAAUGGAGAGUUCGUCGUGUGUUGAUAUUCAACAGGACAUUCCGAUGUGAAGUAGGUAUUUCUACCUUUGUGCGAAGACCUCCACCUCAGAUCACACCAACACGAUGUCUUCCACUUCCUCCUAUGGCUCCAUCGACCUGAACAGCGACCAGGGCAGCAGCUCUUCGGACAAGAAACGGACAAAAAUCUGGACAAUGUCCCACACGACAGAGCGCCCAAAGAUGUCCAGCCCCUCUGUGGGCGUGGCUUACGACAUCAACAACCAACCAAUGUCCGUGAACACUUUCGGCUCUGUCAACCCUGACGUGACAAGCGAGGUGGACCUCAACACCACGUCAGAGACUGACGUGGAGGACAAGAAGCAGUACGAGCCGAACAUUCUAGAGAGGGCUCUAGAGAGAACAAUUUGCUACCACCCGCGGCGGAAGUCCAAGGCCUCCAAAUUGACCAUUGGACUUUUGUGUAUUCUGACUCUGGGCUUCCAUGCCGCAAUUUUGGUUGUGUCGCCGAUCUACGUGUCGUCUAUAAGGUAA